AUGUCCCGAUUGUGGAUCUUGUGGUGCGUGAUGCUUCUAGUGGCCCUGUCACAGAUGUCCGAGGCAAGAGGUGGUGGAGGAGGACAUGGCGGAGGCGGUCAUGCUGGAGGAUUCGGUGGAGGAGGACGUGGAGGUGGCUUCGGUGGAGGUCGCGGCGGUGGCUUUGGAAGAGGCGGUUUCGGAGGAAGGGGCCCAGGAUUCGGCGGACCAGGUCGUGGAGGCUUUAGAGGAGGAUACGGCUACGGAGGAUUCGGAUAUAGGGGAUACGGCUACAGAGGAUAUGGCUACAGAGGAUAUGCUGGUUACGGCGCAGUUAUCCCCGUGCCUCUACCUGUACCUUAUCCCGCAACCUAUAACCGUUGCUACUACGAUAAUUACUAUUACAAUUACUACUACUGCUGA